AAAUUUAUAGGCGUGGUAUAAGGCGUGGCAAUAAGAUGGCCGAUAAUCUGCAACAGCUUAUGGACAAUGUUCAAGAACAUUUUGGAGUGAUUCUAAAAGAUAAGCAGCGUGAAGCUAUGGUUACUUUUAUGAGUGGUUAUGAUGUGUUUGUUGUUCUGCCGACUGGAUACGGGAAGUCUAUAAUAUAUGGGUUUUUACCUUAUGCUUUUGAUCUUUAUAAAGGACAAGAAGGUAGCAUAGUGAUAUGUGUUAGUCCUCUUGUUUCAUUAAUGAUGGACCAGAAGGCUAGAUUUACUCCAAAGGGUGUUGUUGCAGAGUUUGUGGGAGAAGAGCAGACUGAUCAGAACUGUAUAAGAUCUGUCAUCUCUGGUUCUGCUCAGUUAGUGUAUAUAAGUCCGGAGAGUCUCAUUUGCAAUCAGAUUUAUCGAAACAUGAUAUUGUCACCCAUUUAUAAGGAAAAACUAGUGGCAUUUGUUAUUGACGAAGCACAUUGUGUGAAGUCAUGGGGAGAUAAAUUUCGUUUGGCAUACUCACAGCUGGGAGACAUUCGAAGUUUGCUACCUACAAAUACAAAUGUGAUGGCUCUAACUGCCACUGCUACACACGAAACUUAUAAGGUUGUAUGCCAAAGACUAUCAUUGUUGAACCAGAAAUUAAUAGGAUGUCAACCAAACCGUUCCAACAUUAAAUACGAAGUUAGACCUUUGGAGGAUGUUGAGACUUUUUGUGGUAACAUUGCUGGUGAGCUUAAGAUUCAGGGUUUGGAAUAUCCUCGGACAGUGAUUUUUGUUCAACGCUACUCCGACUGCUCCUUAUUAUUUCAUACACUUAGAAGGAAGUUAGGAUCUAAUCUCACUUUUCCACCAGACUACCCUAUGCUUCCACAAUUCACAGUUAUUGACAUGUAUACACGGGCAUCAACGAUAAGCAAGAAAGAACAGGUGUUAUCAGCAUUUUGUACUCCUAAUGGCGUUCUUCGUGUCGUUAUUGCCACAACAGCGUUUGGAAUGGGGGUAGAUUGUUCCGACAUACAUCACAUUAUUCACUGGGGUUCAACAUCUACUAUAGAACAAUACGUUCAAGAAACGGGGAGAGCUGGACGUGAUGGUCACCUGUCAAGGGCCAUUUUGUAUUAUGGAAAGCCUGGGAGAUUUGUGCAUCAAGAAAUGAAGGAUUAUGGUAACAAUCACAAAGAAUGUCGCAGAAGAAUGUUAAUUCAGAACUUUAUGUUUUGUGAUUCAAGUAUGUUUGUUGAGGACAAAGAUCAUUGUUGUGAUAUUUGUAGUUUGAAUUUGUAAUAAUAU